AUGUCCUAUCAACCAAUUCAACAGGAGACCCAGAUGGCUGAAGCCAAGGAAAUCGAGCUGGGGGACGGCAGCGAGACAGACAUCGAGGGCCACCCAGCCGACUCUGAGGCCUCCCUCUUCCUGGCCUGGAAGCGGCGGAACCUCAUCUCGGAUCCUGCACAAGGUCUAUACAAGAAGAUGAUGCAAGCCAAUGUUCCAGUCAUAGUCAGCUUGCACUUUCUAGUCUUCAACAUCAUCCUGUCCAUUGCCCUCGGCUCGCUUCUAUUCAAGUUCAGCUCGUCCUCGCCAGGGGUAAAGGCCGAUUCGAAACUUGCCCCAGGAGAACUGCUAUACAGCUACAGUGAGGGGUUCAUUCCAAGUCCCUACCAGGGCUGGCCGACUGAUGAGAAUGAUGAGCUGUGGAGGAAAUAUGAAGAUGGCAACCACAUCCGCAUCACCAAAGAAGAGGCCGAUCAACUGCUUUACCCUACCGAGCACGUCCCUAUGGAGGAAUACAAGGACGAAUACUUGGUAGGGCUGGUCAUUUUCCACCACCUCCACUGUCUCAGCGCUCUCCGCAGAGCCAUCUAUCCCAAGCGGUACGAUAGCUCGCUGUAUGACGAGGAUGGCAACGUCAAGUACGAGGAUUGGCACCAUGUCGACCACUGCAUAGAGAUCCUGCGGACCUAUCUGGAGUGCCACCCCGAGACGACAGCCAUGCCCAUGCAGUGGGUGCCUGAGAGCUCAAUGGCCGUCUACACUGUGACACAGCACACUUGCCGCAACUUCGACGUGAUCAGCAGCUGGGCGUACGACCGCACCGUGAACGUUCCGAUCCGGGCGCAUUUGGAGAAUGGCCGAGUCGUGGACUACACUGGGAAGCCGUACGGGAGAGAGUAUAAUGAAACUUGGUUGUUGGAAGAACCUGAAGGGUGGGCUUACACCAAGGAUGAUAUGUGAUAGAUUUCUUUUGAAUUAGUACCGGUUCAUGUUUUGUUGGUGAGAAGUUACUUGUAAAAUGUAAUCAUCGAAAUAAAUGUUUCGGCUUUUGGUCUCUCAAGACAUAUUCAUGACAUUUUACUUCAUGGCAUUAAAUUUUGAGAUACCGUUGCU